AUGGCUAUGGCCAAUAUUCCGGUGAAUUUUUCGAGCAAUUUGAUUGUCGAAAUGACGGGAUUGUGGAAUCGUAGGAUUCAUUGUUAUGAGCACUAUGUUCCAAAAUGCCAUCACCUAAACAUCUCAUGGGUCUCAAAAGACCUAAGAUUCCUUGUUCGCUCCCCUGAGCUCAAAGUCUUGCGAUCCACCCUCCCCAAGAGCUCCCUUCAUUUAUGUUUCCAAAAAGAUGACGACCACCAUUCAUCCUUCCACUGGUUUACUCUCAGCGAAACAUCAACGACCACGACGGAGUAUGGGUUAGUUCCGAACCCAACUCCCUUCCCUCCUCAUAAGUACGGUUCUUCCACUGUUACAGUGGGGUCAAAGAUUUUCUUCAUUGGUGGAUCAAUUGAAUCUUCCUCGGAUCUAUGGAUCCUUGAUACCCCAUCUGGGAACAUGACUAAGGGACCAAGCAUGAGCAUGCCUCGAGAGAAAGGCGAAGCAGCUGUGGGAGUGAUCGACGGGAAGAUAUACGUACUCGGAGGCCGAACCUUCUUGGACGGAAGGUUUCAUGAAGUUGAAGUUUUUGAUGUAAAGUCAGAGACGUGGGAGCUUGCGGGGCUGGAGAACGUGCGUAAGAUUUCGCAGCGUAGUGCCUCGGUGGAGGGGAAGGUGUACAUGGUGGAGUACAAGAAGACAAGUGUGUACAAUCCGAGAGGAGGUGAAGGAAAGCGGUUGGUUCAGAUGGUAAACCAUAGACUCUCGGAAGGUGGAAGAAAGGAUAGGUUAAAGGAUAUGGCGCAUCGUGUGUGUGUGGUGGAGGAUGUUCUCUUUGCUUUCUUUAACCGGACUGGGUUGAUGUGGUUUGAUACAAAGCUUUACGUGUGGAGAAGAUUGGUUGGUCGUGAUGGGAAGGAACUACCGUUUAUCUUAUAUGCGGGUGCCAUUGGCGGAAUACGAGGGAAGGCUUGUGGUUUUGUAUAUGACGGAUGA